UUUCCAUCUAGCGUUCAACCCCGGUGACCAAAAGAGGGAAGAUUCACCGGUAAACCAAUCAUAAAAGUGUAACCGUUACAUUAUUGAUAAGCUUUGCCACAGAUUCUCACAGAACUGCCGAGAUGGAUUCACCUCUUCAUCCAUCAACGCCGGACCUUAAUGUACCAUAUUCUCCUGUGUUUGUCUCAAGGUUGUCAGCUUCAUCUUCUUCCGAUAACGUCGUCGAAGGAGAUGAUGAUGAUGGUGCUCGUAGUAGUAGAAGUCAUGGGGUUUUCAAUUGGGGUGAGUUUUGCUCGUUCCGAAACCUUUCAGAGCCGAACAUCUGCUGGGCCACUUUGGCUCUUCUUGUCUGGAUCUUUGCGUCGUUUAUUCUGGUUAAGAAUCUUUUUGGACCAAAGAAUGUUUGGCUUGGACCUUCUUCGUCCAUUAUUGUUGACCCUAGCUCUUUUUUUGUCAAAAGCAUUAUGGUGAAGGAGCUUGAUUAUUCCAAGUCAGGCCUUCAGCUCUAUGGAUUCUAUGGGUCUCCUCCCUUGGAUCGUUUGGUGAACUGGUCAGAAUCCCGAGUGUUUCCUCUCUCACAUGAUACUUACAAGGGUUGGCCUUACUACUUUAAUGAAGGAUCUUCAAUGAACAUAUCGUAUAGGGUUAAACCAGAAGGUUCUGCGGUUCAGCUUGUGGUCAAUGAAGGAAGUCAAGGCAUCUCUCGGACGUUUUGGGAAGAACCUGCAUUUCAUUACAUUAAUGCAUUGUCGUGGAAUCUAAUUGAGGGGAGUGGUAUGAUUGAAUUGAAGAUGAUUAAGUCUUCAAGUUAUUAUCUUGCUGUGGCUAACUUGAAGAAGAGGAAGGACGUCGAGGUGGAACUGACUAUUGAUGUGAGGGCUGUGUUGUAUGAUACUAAACAAUCAUUCUACAACUGUACCUUCAGCAAUGGCGAGUGCACAUUCAAGCUCAAUGCAAUGUCCCUUGUUGGAAAUUCUUUUGUCGUAACUUCACCAGCACCGAGUCAUGAGGGAGUAUCCAUCGAAGAUAAAUGGUACAUAAAGUUCACAUAUCAACCUAGAGGGAUUGGAUAUGUAAUUUUCAUUGGUGUGGUGACUUGCUUCAUGGUUGUAGCGUUACUAUUCUGCAACAAGUUACAGUGCUUUUGUGAAGAGGGAUAUAAUGAUUUAGCUAGAGCAUAUCUAAUUGGAAACAAAGAUGACGAUGUUUCAAGCAUAGGUUCAUGUAAUGAGCCUUUUGCAAAUGAUGAUGCUGAUUUAGAAGAUAAUAUGAGACAUGUGGGUGAAGCAAGUAACCAAACUAGACGUCUCUGUGCCAUUUGUUUGGAUGCUCCAAGAGAUUGCUUUUUCCUCCCAUGUGGCCACUGCGUCUCCUGUUAUGAAUGCGGAACAAAGAUGGCAGAAGCUGGUGUGAGUUGUCCAAUAUGUCAAAGGAAUAUGAAGAAAGUAAAGCGAAUUUAUACAGUGUAAGAUAAUCAAUAUAUAAAUCUCUUUAACAUGAUGUUGAAUCCAUAUAACCAUUAAUAAUAAAUUAUCAUUUGAUCUU